UGUGGACUCGCCUUUCCUUUCAUUUCAUUUCCGUCAAACCCACCAACCUGCGUCUCUGGAUGAAGGAAAGAAGACAGACAGAUCAAACACACCAUUUACUCCGACGUGGUGUACAGACAGGUUGUUAAGGUGUUUGUGACUCCUGACGUUUGCCACUAUGCAGCCUGGAGGAGCACACAAAACUGUGUGUGGCCAGAGCCUGCUGUCCGUCUCUCUAAGGGUGUAUCUGAACAACAAGAACAGACUGCAGCCCAUCAUCGGUUUGAGCUGCGUGACAGAGUGUGUGACGCUCGGCGGGGACUCUGAGGCGGUGUACCUGUGUGAGGUGUGUGUGUGUAGUCUCAGUAAAGUUGACGUCAGGAGCCACAUCAUGGGGAGUCUCCACAGAUACAACUACAUAAAAGUCCAUCACUCUCACUUUGUGUCAGAGUGGAAGCCGAGUCCUGACCUGUCUAUGCUGGCCCGGCCUCUUAUGGAGAUGGCUCAAAUACUGGAGAAGAGAGAAGGAACCGGGGACAUACAGGUGCUGGAGUUGGAUGCUGCCAUGUAUGAGAAGAUGACGUCACACAGUGAGAGUGAUGCUCUCAUCCUCUUGCAUGCCAUCAGGACUGAGCGGGAGCAGAGAUAUCUCCAGAGCCAAUCAGAGAAGCCAUCAGUCCAGUCGGAGUAUCUCACCAUCCAAUCACAGAGAACCACUAUAUCACCUCGGAGGCUCUAUGUCCAACCUGAGAAGCCUGUAGUCCAGAUUGAUAACCGAACCGUCCUAUGGAAGAGUCCGACUGCCCAGAGUCGGAACUCAUCUGGCCAAUCAGAGAAGUCCCCUAUGUUGCGGCGGAGUGUCUCUGUCCAAUCACAACUCAGCUUGGGGGAGGAGGCGGGGUUUCUCCAUGAAACCAAGUCCCUGAUUGAUGGAGGUCAGACGUUACUGGGUGGUUCUGAGGGGGCGGGACUACAGGGGGUUCCUGCGAAGCUGAUUUGCUGUGAGCCGGUGUUCAAGGUGAUUCUGUCUAUGACUGACGGCCCCCUGCUGCUGGAGAGGAACUCAUUCAGCCUGGAAACCUCCCCCUCACACUCCUCACCCCUUCACUCCCCCACCAUAGAUGCCUCACCCCAGCCCCAUCCCACACCCUCGCAUUCGCUUGGUCAGCUGGGAAACACAGUCGCAGUAAGAUUCGGAAACACACACACCGUUGGAUACACACACACUGCGGGAUACACACACACUACGGGAUACACACACACUACGACUGCUGCGAGACUGGACCCAGCCAUACCUGAUCAGCAGCUAACUACGAGAGACGAGGACACACACACUGACGGUCUGUCUCUGGGAGAAGAACAGAGGUUCGCUGACCAUGGUCUGUACCCCGGCAGAGAGGACACACACACUGACGGUCUGUCUCUGGGAGAAGAACAGAGGUUCGCUGACCAUGGUCUGUACCCCGGCAGAGAGGACACACACACUGACGGUCUGUCUCUGGGAGAAGAACAGAGGUUCACUGACCAUGGUCUGUACCCCGGCAGAGAGGAAAACACAACUGACGGUCUGUACUUGGUCAGAAAGGAAAACAGUACUUUCCGUCUCUACUCGGUCAAAGAACAAAACACAACUGCCAUGGUGCACCUGAGGAGAGAGCAGGACAGAACUGACCGUCUGUAUUCAGAGAAUGAACGACUCACUGACACCAAGUUCUGUGUCCGAGCGGGGCAGGACAACAGACCGGGCACUACUGACUCUGGUCUAGCCUGUGCCAGAGACAUCAUGAUCACCGACACAGCAUCUGUUGCCGAACCGAGUCUCUUCACUACUGGCAGUCUCUCCAUCUGCAAGGAAGAGGAGGAGUGCUUGACCAACACUCCUCUAAUGGACGAAAAACAGGAGGAGGAGAGGAGGAAUGUCUGUCGUUCUGCUGGGGGACAGAGGCUUGCAGAGGAUGACAGGACAACUGACAGUGGGUAUUCCACAGGAAACAGGUCUACUGACAGAAUGUACCAUACAAGAGAAAGAUCAACUGACAGAAUGUACCAAACAACAGAAGCGACAACUGACCGUGGGUGUGCUACAGGGCAGAGGACAACUGACUGUCUGUAUGCUACAGGAGAGGGGCUAACUGACUGUCAGUUGAUGGAGGAAGAGGAGCAGUGCAGAGCUGAAAUUCAGAAAGGAGUUGGAGGGGGAGAAAUGGGGGUCAUGGUGGAGGGGGAGAAAUGGGGAGGAAAGCAGAGAGAGAGGGAGGGAAACUCUGGCUUUCACCAUCAACAGUAUUUGCAAGGCCAGCCUCCACAACGGCACCAGGCGCAGGGGUUUACAGGAGCUCAGGUUGACACAGCAGCUCUCAGACAUGACAUAGCCCUUCAUAGGGAUCAGGCAGGGCCAGUCCUUCACAGAGGAGACAUGAGCAGUCGUAUGUGUGACAUAGAACCCAUGCAGGAGGUGCAGUUGUGUGAGGCAGAGUUCAGAGGAGCAUGGACCUACAGAGGCACACAGCUGACCCCUGACACCUAUAGAACAGGUCCGGAGGGGUACGAGACACACCCUGGUCCUUACCCAGAGGGCCACAGAAUGAACUGUGACCCCUACCAAGUUGUCUCUGAUGGGAUCAGAAGCAACCCUGGCCCACACCGCCUUCACUCUAACCCUAGCGGGUUCAAACCCCAGCCCCUCCCGUACCCUCGCCAUCAACUCACCCAGGAGAUUGCACCCCAUCCUUACCUUGAUCCCUUCCCCAGGAUCAUGGGGAGCGUGCAGCCACAGGAGCUCCCCAGCCCCCCAUGUGUGGUGGUGUCUAGAUCUAGACCCUGCCACCCUCAUCCUUUCUCUCCAGGUCAUGGAGAGCUCCUGUCCCCCCGACACGGCUCAGUCAUCCUCCCCAGCCCUCCCUGUCAAAGAGUAGGUUACUGGGUCCACAUCCCUGCCUGGGGUCCCUGGGAAGCUCCAGGACCAGGACCUCCCUGGGUCUAA